AUGUACAGUAACCUAUUUUCUCUCUUGACGAUUGAUGAAGUAAAUUAAUCAGUGAAAUUGAUUCCUACAAAAAAAAAAAUUAGUUUAGGAAAGCAUGCAGUGUAUUGAAAGUCGAUAAGUAUUUAAAACCUCAAAAUAUUCAAGGAGUGAUUUGUAUGAUUUGAAAUAUUAUUCAUCUGAUAUGGAUUCAGAAAAUCAAAAGGAUAUUUAUCAUGAAAAACAAGUUAGAGAGUUGUGUGCCCUCCAUGCACUGAAUAAUUUAUUUCAAUGUAAAGACUUUUUCACUAAAUCGGAACUAGAUCUCAUUUGCAAUAACUUGUCUCCUGAUAAUUGGAUAAAUCCGCAUAAAUCUCUCCUAGGCAUUGGCAAUUAUGAUAUAAAUGUUAUAAUGAAAGCCUUGCAAUCUAGAGGCUGUGAAGCAAUUUGGUUUGAUAAAAGGAAAGAUCCUAGUUCUUUGAACUUCUCUGAUAUUAUUGGCUUAAUCUUUAACAUACCAAGUGAUUACAAAUUCAGUUUUAUUACAAUACCUUUGAAUAGAAAACACUGGGCUGCAAUCAAAGAAAUUGAUGGAAUUUUUUAUAAUUUAGAUUCCAAAUUAGAUGCCCCUCAAGCAAUAGGAACUGAGGUAGAGCUGAUAGAUUUCCUCAAAAAUGAAAUAAAUAACAGAGAUAAAGAAAUGUUUGUAGUGGUUACCAAUGAAGUUUCUGAAAAUAAAAGUUGGCUUAAAGAUCCUGAAAGUUAUAGAAGUAAUGAACCUAAUAAUAUUCCAGAAAGGGGCGCACAAAUACUUCAACUGAAGGAUAUUCUACCUGUGGUUCCAGGACCUCAUCCUUUGUAGUUUUAAUACUAAGAUGCACUUUCCUUUUUUCAGAACAUCUGAACAUCUUAUUGAAUUCAAAUGAUGAUUAAGUAUUGGAAAUGUGAAUUGGAAUAAUCAUUGGUGGGAACAUUAAAGAUUUUGUCAAUUGAAACAAGAAACUGAUUAAUACUAGCUAGAAUAGUUUAUUUUGUUUUUUUUACAAAGAGGAUUUUCUUUUAUCUUAACUAUGUAUUUCAUGAACCAUAAUAUGAAAUAUCAGUACAAAUUAGAAACAUUUUUUAACUGUGAUAAUUUGAAUUAAUAGGGAUUUCAUUGCAUGCUGGUGGAAAACAAUGAGAUAACUGAUUUAAAAAAUAAACUAUAUCUAUUGUUA